UCAUUACAGUUAGUCUUCAUGUUAAAGCUUAGCAGAAUAGCUGUUUGUGUUUCGGUGCUCAUUCACGUUUUCUGUGUAUAUUUGUUACCUAAUUGGAUUUUUUGAAUUAUAAAUAUCAUCAAUGCAGUUCUUGAGGGUGGAAAUGAUGGCUAUUGUGAAAAAAUUUCGUGUCAAUCCUAUUUACUAUUCAGACUACUCUGAUACACUAAAGAGUUUCUGUUGAGUACUUUUACUCAAAUAAUUCUUUUUACUCGUAUUUUACGAGGAAAGAUUCAUUCAACUAAGUACCGAAGAAAGAGAUUUAAGACUUCCCGAAAGAAAUAUAGUAGCCUGUUGGCUGAAAAUGGAAAGUAUUACAAUUCAUCCCUUACUUAAAGCCUUUUUGGCUGGAUCAUUAUCUGGAACCUUCUCCACGGUACUGUUCCAACCUUUGGAUUUAGUCAAAACACGGUUGCAAAAUCCUACACCGGCACUAAUCAAUCAACAUGGAACCAUCAGCAUGUAUUCAAUUUUCUCAAAUAUACUGCAGCAAGAACAUGUUCGUGGGUUAUGGAGAGGAAUGACACCGUCUUUAACAAGAUGCGUUCCUGGUGUGGGCCUGUACUUCUGCUUCUUGGACUAUAUAAAGUCACAUUACUUCCGAGGUAAAACACCCAAUCCUAUGGAGUCUGUAACCAUGGGAGUCAUAGCCCGAGCCAUGAGUGGAGCAGCUUUAAUACCUAUCACUGUGGUGAAAACAAGAUUCGAAAGUGGUGUGUAUGGCUACGAUGGAGUCUUUCCUGCUUUGAGGGAAAUAUAUCGUACUGAAGGAAUUAGGGGUAUGACCUGUGGAUUAGUACCAACCCUAUUUCGAGAUGCACCUUUUUCAGGCCUCUAUUUGAUGUUCUAUACCCAAUCAAAACUAGUAGUUCCUCAAGAAAUGCUGAAUUCCAAUUAUGCAUCUCCAAUUCAUUUUACUUGUGGAGUAGUGGCUGGGAUUUUGGCUUCUGUUGUAACACAACCCGCGGACGUUCUCAAAACCAAAAUGCAACUCUACCCAAACCAGUUCAAUGGUUUGUGGUCUGUAGUAAUUUACGUUCACACUAAAUACGGUUUACCAGGGUAUUUCAAAGGCAUGGUACCAAGAAUGUUGAGAAGAACAUUAAUGGCAGCAAUGGCUUGGACAAUGUACGAGCAAUUGUCUCAAGCGAUGGGGCUGAAGUAGCACGUAGUGAGUUUUGUAGACUAGGUUUGAUAGCCUGGCCUACUUUGGAUCGUUUAUAUAACACUGCAGAUAGUUUGAGGAAUAAUUCAAAUUUGCUGUAGAAGCAAUUCCAAGCAUGGUCUGUCAGAUUGAAAAUUGUUUUAAAAAAAGAAAAAGUGACUUACUUCACAUGGAUAUAUUUCAAACUCUGAAAUAAAUUAUUAUGUGCUACUUCACCAAUUUACCAAAAUAUUAUUUUUAGGGAUGACACAAUAUUACAGUAUUGUUUCAUAGUGAUGUGAUAUUUGUUACCAUAGUUUAUAUGUAUAUACAUUAGAAAUAAAUUAUUUUAAAGAAACA